AUCUUGAUUUCACAGAGAUCUUGUUUUUGUCUGACAGGCAUUCAAGAUGGAUGUCAAGAAGAAGAACAUAUUGGAGAACUUGCGAUUAAAAACUAAGUUGCCCAACUUCAAGAAGCCACGUAGGAAGGAACUUGCCAAGCAGGGGAGAAAUCUGGCCCAUCGGCGCAGUAUUUCUGUACCUGACCUUUCAUUGGUAACAGGUGCGUCAAGUUCUACAGAGAGUGCCUUGUUGUCCACUGCUUCUGAUGCCAUCUUCUUUGGCAUCUCUCCAGGUCUGAGUGACUCUGAUUCUGUUGCAAGUGGCUCAAUCGGUGAUGGACCAGUUUUUGCAGACAAACUGUAUGAGUCAGUCCCAGAAACUCCACUCAGAGUCCAUCAGAUAAAUCAGCCAGCUGCAGCUUUGAAUAGAGUCAGUGCACCAGUGACAUUGUAUGAGGAAAUACAUGAAAUGACAGACUCGGAGAGCAAAGUGAACUUGGCUCAAGAAGGCUUGUAUGCACAAGUGGAUAAAAGAACAAAGGCAAAUGUGCCAAAGUUUUCUUUUGAACCUGUUCCUGCACCACGACGUAUUUUUACUAAUGUAGAGGCUCUGUCUCCAAGACCAGAUCUUGGGGAGAGAGGGAGUCUGUCUGGUGGAGACAGCCAAACAGACAGGGUGCGUUCAGAUAGUGUUGCUGCUGCACUGGCCAGAGCACACUCACUGGGAGACCAAAUGAUCCCUUCCAUUGAAAAGAAGAGCACAUCAGCUGAGCAGAGAAGGCCAUCGUCUGAGAAAGGGACUCCACCAGCAAUCAGAGCAAAUGCUCCUGCAGAUAGGAUGUCUCUGGUACUAGAUACCCUGGCAACUCCUUUGGAGAGUACAGAUGGUACCUCUCUGGACUCCGCCUGUGGUACUCCCAGCGAGGAGCGUGUCAACCUGCCCUGGACAACAGACUCAGAAGACUUGGACCGAGAACCCUCUUCCCCUUUGCUGAUGAGAGAGUUCUCCAUGGACGAAGGUCUGCUAGAUGAAACCCAGCCUGACGAGACCCUGGAAGACAUUGCAGAGGUGGUCUUUGACUUACGUCGGAAUUCCGCUCCUACGACGCGACGUAACGCGAUUUUCUCUAUGUCCAAUGAACCGUGUGAUUUCUUUGACGAAAGUUUGCAAGAUCCUUUAGAAAACUUUGAGGCUACGGCAGUUGAUCCAGAGGCCCAGAUACCUGCCGCAUGCCAAAGGUACCUCCUGAACAUCAACCUAAAGCAGGGAAGGAACCUGGUCAUCAGAGACAAACGCUCUGGUACCAGCGAUCCUUAUGUGAAGUUCAAACUUGAAGGGAAACAGUUCUAUAAAAGCAAAGUGGUGUAUAAAAGCUUGAAUCCACGGUGGAAUGAGUCCUUCUCUCAUCCUCUUCGAGACAGAGAGCAUGUUGUGGACGUUCGGGUCUAUGAUAAAAAUCGGACCACUGAUGACUUCAUGGGUUCCAGCUCUAUUUCUCUGAAAAAUCUUGAACUGUACAAAACUUAUGAAAUGGAGUUGCGUCUUGAUGAUCCAAAAAGUAAAGAAGAUGAUAUGGGAAUUAUUGCAGUUGAUGUCUGCCUAAUGUUUAGAGAUGCAACAAUCAAGAAGAACAGAUGGCCACAAAGAAAGAACAAGCAGAACCAGGCCUCACCAUCUCCACGUCCAGCAGAGGUGCAGAAGAAUCAGCUGAAGAACCAGAUGUGGACUGGGGUGCUCGGUAUCACAUUGGUGGAGGGAGAGCACCUGCCGCAGUACGGUCAGGGUGACAUUUACGUCCGCUUUCGCCUUGGUGAUCAGAAGUACAAGAGCAAGAACCUUUGCAUUCAGGCGAAUCCACAGUGGAGAGAGCAGUUUGACUUCAAUCAGUUUGAAGAUAACCAGGAACCUCUGCAGGUGGAGUUGUUCUCAAAGAGAGGGAGGAAGGGUGAAGAAUCAUGGGGAAUGUUUGAGAUUGACCUGUCGAGACUUCCACUUAAUGAGAGACAGUUUUACACUCAUGUGCUGGACCCAGGUAAAGGCAGACUCGUGUUUUUGGUCACCCUGAGACCCUGCUGGGGAGUCUCCAUCUCUGACGUUGAAACGGCUCCUUUGACAAAGUCUGAGGAGAGGGACAGCAUCGUGGAGAAAUUUAGCCUACAAAACUCUCACAAGUGUGUGGGAGAAGUUGGCUUCCUUCAGGUCAAUGUUAUGAAAGCAAAUGAUCUUCCUGCAACAGAUCUCAAUGGAAAAAGCAACCCGUUAUGUGUUAUUGAGCUCGGGAACUGUAAACUUCAAACUCACACAAUCUACAAGACAGUCAAUCCAGAGUGGAACAAAGCCUUUACACUCCCAAUUAAGGACAUUCAUGAUGUGAUAGAGUUAACUGUCCUUGAUGAAAAUGGAGACAGAGCCCCAACCUUUUUGGGGAAAGUGGCCGUUCCUCUGCUGACCGUUCAGAAUGGCCAGCCGAUAUGUCUGUUCUUGAAAAAAGAAAACUUGGGAAGCACAUCUAAAGGGACCAUCACACUGGUGCUGGAGGUUAUCUAUAACAAAGUCAGAGCUGGAAUCAAAACCUUCCAACCGAAGGAGACCAAAUUAAUGGAGGAAAACCUGAAGUUCUCCAAAAAGGUUCUUGCCCGGAAUAUAUAUCGGGUUCGAAAAAUCAGCACAGCAGUUCUGUACACGUUACAGUACAUUAAAAGCUGUUUUCAGUGGGAGAGCACGCAACGGAGUCUAAUAGCCUUUCUGAUCUUCCUUGUGACAGUGUGGCACUGGGAGCUCUUCAUGCUACCCCUCUUCCUGCUACUGCUCAUCGGAUGGAACUACUUCCAGCUCACUACAGGAAAGGCCAGCUACAACCAGGACCUGGUGAACAUGACCAUGGGUGACGACGAAGAGGAAGACGAGAAGGAAUCCGGAAAAAAGGGUUUGAUGGAUAAGAUACAUAUGGUGCAGGAAGUAGUGCUGGUUGUCCAGAACGUUUUGGAGGAAAUUGCAAACAUCGGAGAGCGAAUCAAGAACAUAUUCAACUGGUCUGUCCCAUUCAUGUCGUGCUUGGCCUGCUUGGUGAUGUUCGUCGCAGCAGCACUUUUCUAUUUUAUCCCAUUUCGAUACAUUGUGCUGAUAUGGGGUGUUAACAAAUUUACCAAGAAGCUGCGCAACCCAUAUACUAUUGACAAUAAUGAAAUACUGGAUUUUCUCAAGAGGGUGCCUUCUGAUGUUCAAAAGGUGCAGUACAGUGCGCUGAGAGCGCCCACCAGCCAGAGCCAGCCGCGGAAGAAAAAGUAAGCUCCAUGGACACGCUGGAUGAAAAGCUGGUCUCUUUUUUUAAAUGUGGUACGAUACAGUCCACCUGACAACAAUGCUCCGGUGCCAGCAGAGCCCAUGACCCUAUGCACCCCCACCACACCACCCUAAGUCUGCCCCUGCUGCUGAGGGGCAGCCAGCCACUCUCUGGCUUGUGUGUUUGCCACCCCCCUGACAGGGGCUGUGAACUGCAGCAGCCAGGAGGGCAGCACAUGGCGCUGUCAAUCACAAGCUUGGAGGUAAAGAAAAGAGAGCAUUGCAGGACUCAGCCUUCAUCUUUGGAUAUAAUUUCGAAAAGGAAUGAAAAGCGUCGGGUUUGGCUUACCUAAGACCUCCCCUGUUUUGCUUUUUUUUUAAACUCUGGUGAAACUGAGAAAUUUGCCUUAAGGUAAAGAUAAUAUGAGUUUAACAAGCCUCCACAAUAUACUUCUUUAUCAGUGUGUUAAUUUACUUAAAGGUCAAAAUGUUGUGUAUAUUUUUAAAUAAUCAAGGAGAACUAAUGUCUUUUACUGCAUAUUUAACAUAUUAGGACAGAGUACUGAAUUUCACUAUUUUCUGUGAAAAGGAUUUGCUGUAUAUGUAACAAUGCUGUCUGCUUUCUUCAUUUUAUCUCACCGGCAAAUAUCCAUUUAUGUACUGUAUGUGUAUUAUUUCCAGCUGUCUUUUCUUAAGCAAAGUUUGUGCACCGGUGUAUGUUAGAUUGAAAGUUUCAUUUCUGCUCAGUACCAUGUCUGCAUCACCAAAUAGAGAAUUUGUAGGAAUCCUGAAUAAAGAAUCUUGAUCAGUUUGA